AUCCGAGUCCGAAUUCGGAGGCCCCAGUCUAUAGGUCCUGAAGAAUGAAGAUUUAAAUACAAGGUCAUGGCUAAACAUCUGAAGUUCAUUGCCAGGACUGUGAUGGUUCAGGAGGGGAACGUGGAAGGUGCCUACAGGACCCUUAACAGAAUCCUCACCACCGACGGGCUUAUUGACGUCAUAAAGCGACGACGCUACUAUGAGAAGCCUUACGUCAUAAAGCGACGACGCUACUAUGAGAAGCCUUGCCGCCGCCGCCGCCAGCGGGAGAGCUAUGAAACAUGCCAGAGGAUCUACAACAUGGAAAUGGCUCGAAAGAUUAACUUCUUGAUGCGAAAGAACCGUGCAGACCCAUGGCUGGGCUGCUAAGGCUUGAGCCCACAUUAUUUCUAUGUCCAACUCCUUUCUUUAUGCAACCAAUUUCUGUUACUUUUCUCCACAAUAAACUCAAUCACAGGUGAACAAGAAAAAAAAA